UAAAUCGCAUCGUAUACCUUCAGUGCUGUAAAUCAACUGACGAGACGAGCAGCAUGUGCGAUAAUUUUCUAAAACUUUCAUCGACGCCUUGUUCAUUUCCAUAGGAGCAUUACGUGUCAUUUUAGCGGAAGAUACAUUAACCACCAUAGCCAGUGGCUGCAACCGCUAAAUAACAACUUGCAUGCGAUUUGGAAAAGUACAGUAUUUUUUCAUGACAUAUCCGCUCAAUCGAGACACCGAUUCUCACAAGAUCUCAUUGACGAUCUCUGCUACCUGGUUUAAUUAAUACGAUGUGCAUAAUUGAAUCCGAAUUAGCGAGCCAAAACUUUCGUAUGCGUCACCUAUUCGCUUUAUUGUACGGCGUUAGUGAUUGACAUUUAAAUGCAACGACGGACAUAGUGCUACUCUGUUGUGGCCUGAGUACUUACACCGGACGAUCGCCGAUUAUACAUGUCGACGCAAUAAAUCGCACAAAUCGCCGACUAUUGCUUGACUUUAUUCACACAGAGGACGUGAUAGCUUGACAGAGGGCGAUUCGCAGAGGAACGUAUAACUGGAGUGGGACUCCUUCUCAGCAGCACCGUUGAUCGGCCUAGCAUCCGCAGCCCUAUAUUUCCUGUAUAUUUUAUCUAUCAAUAGCACUUUGACUUUAGAGCACAUCCGCAAAAUCGAAGUUCGUCCGAUCUCCCGACCGAGCGAGCACCGUAAUUGAAUCUCAUAGCGGAAUAGAGACUUCGAUCUCCAGACCGAAAUCUUCACUUUUGACAUCGCCAAAAUGCUCCCCGACGAGAUCCCACAAGCGCCCGCCAGCAAAUGCCAACCGUUGAACCGGGGUGACGCCGGCGGCGAUAACCCGUUUGAUGGCACGCCAUUACACGCAGCAGCCAGGGACAACGAUGCGAGUCUGGCGGAGAGUUUCUUGGCUUCGGGACACUACGUGGACGCGAAGGACGAAUCCGGUGUCACUCCGCUCGUGCUGGCUAUCAAUUUGAAUCACUUCAACGUGGCGACCAUUCUGAUGGAUUACGAGGCCGACAUGUAUGCCGUCGACCCGAAAUCCCAGAAAACGGUUUUGGGAAUUAUAUUCGACCGGCCAUCCAGUCUGCCGCCUGCGAUAGUUGCACGCGCUGUACAUGCCUUGCGCGACUGCAAUAUAGCUCCAAAUGUAAAAGCUGCGCUUUUGGUUAGAGCAGAGUGUCACCUUGAGCUUGUGACGUACUUCAAGAACAGCCCGCUAACAGCGAUGUUCUUGAAACUUAAGCCCGAUGGUGACGGUGACGAAUUGUACGCGGCGCUUCAGCAUACAAUGAUGAAAACAGACAUCGAUAAUGUUUACGUUCUUCUCAAGUACGGCUUUAAAUGGGCUGCGCUGGCAGCGGUUGUGUUUUAUCGAAUCGUGCUCCAUUAUGCAAAUAGCGCAUCUUCAAUGCUAAAUAGGCUUGCUGUCAUCUAUUUGGAGAAAUUGAGCCCGUGGCACCUUGUAAACAAGCAUACAUUCGAAUUUUUUCGCGCUGCAUUUAGUGAUUCUAGCGAAGACUGCAUAAGAACACUGCUAAAUUGCAAGGUUAACGAACCUUUUAGAGAUAAGUACGGGGAAGAUCUGGUAGCUCAUGUGUUUGGCAAUACCCACUUCCGCGCGGUACUCGUGAUGUUCAAUCGACAAUUCGACGCGAAUGCUCGAGGAGCAGCCGGAUACACCGGACUGCACUUUGCCGUCAGAUCCAACUCGGCAGACAACGUGCGUUUUCUGCUGGAAAGGGGCGCCAGCAUUGAUCUUAAAAACGAGCGCGAUCGAACCCCCCUUGUAGAAGCUGUAGUUCAUUAUCGACAGAAUCUCGUCAUGCUGCUCUUGCAGAACGGGGCCGACAUUAGAGCCGUGCUCCAUCCGAAGACGCCGCGUUUUGAUCCUUUCAGCAACACCUUCUGCUUGGUUUUGCAAGAGCAAAUAAUUGCCCAGCUGGUGUUGAGCGAGGUACUGGGCGUGCAGAUUGAACCAGCCGUGCGCAAACGUAUGGAUAGCAAUAAAAGGUGUAUGGAUUUCUACCAUUGUUUUCAUAUGCAAAUUUCGGACAUCAAGUGCACGCAAUUAGUAGGAUCCUUGUCGCUAUUUACUGCCAUUACGGGCAGUAUUGAAGAGAUUGCGCCACACGUCAUGCACGUCGACAUAGAUGAAUUGGUCAAAAAUUUUGAAUCGAACUUUCAAUUCCAUUACUUUUUCAACUGUGCGCUAAAGGAACAAUUGCAUCAGGCAGAUAAGUUGAAUGACAUCCGUCGCGGAUACUGGUCAAUCUGCCCCGAAUGAUAUCGCCGUGAUUUUAGAUUUUGUUUUUUUGAUGGGAUCAAUUUUUUAAGCGUAUCGUGACUCGAGCUUCCAAGCUGUCGAAUAUUAUGUAACUGUUAGACUGAUGUUUUGUAAAUUACGACCGAUUUAGUGCUUAUUGACAUAUCUCAAUAUCUUAUCCGACUAUACGUAGAUUUUUUAAUGCUUCAUGAACUGUAUUUUUAUUUAUUAUAUUUUUAUUUAAUUUUUUGUAAUUAAUAUGUAAAUAUAUGUGUGCAAUCCGACUUUCCGUGUUGUUAUGAAUGAUGUCAAUAUUCAAUUAUUGUUAGAGAUAUUAAGAAAAGUUCAU